AUGGGAUCAAUAUGUACGGAGGCUCUGCCCCUCUUCCCUCUUAGUGAGGGCGCCCUCAGUUCUCUUCGAACCUCUAACGUGAGCGGAUGUUUUACCGCACAAGAAACAGUGCCGGAUGAAAAGUUGACAUUUUUGUAUAAAAAUCGUGUUGUGACUAUAGAAAGCCAGUUAACUCAUUGGAUUUAUAUUUUUUGUCCCUACGUCAUCAAGCAGAGCAAGGAUUUUAACACAGCUGUUAAGUGUGUCCCACAA